GGCUGACUUGAAAGCAUUCCACUGAGGAAGUUAAAGUGUAGCAUUCACUUGGAGUCAAGAAUUCGGCAGAAAGAUGGGCAGGCAAAAGGCUUUCCUGGAUAAGAUUGCUAGCACCUUGCAAAUUCGUAAUAAGCUACUGCGCCAGGGACUGGCUGAAUGCUUGGGCACACUAAUCCUGGUGAUGUUUGGCUGUGGUGCGGUGGCUCAAGUAACACUCAGUGAAGGAUCUCACGGGAUGUUCCUCAGUGUAAACUUAGCCUUUGGUCUUGCAGCCACACUUGGAAUCUUGGUGUGUGGCCAGGUCUCAGGAGGUCACCUGAACCCAGCAGUAACUUUGGCAUUAUGCCUUCUUGGAAGGUCAAAAUGGAGAAAAUUUCCAGUGUACUUUCUUUGCCAGACAAUUGGUGCUUUUUUUGGGGCUGGUAUAAUCUUUGGCAUGUAUUAUGAUGCUAUCCAGAAAUAUCACAUAAAACAAAAUGAACUACCCUAUGGAAUUUUUGCCACCUACCCUGGUGGCCAUCUUACUACCGCUAAUGGAUUUUUCGAUCAGUUUAUAGGAACAGCUGCACUGAUUGUGUGCGUCCUGGCGAUUGUAGACCCCUACAACAAUCCUAUCCCACAAGGACUUGAGGCCUUCACUGUGGGAUUCACUAUACUUGUCAUUGGGCUAUCUAUGGGCUUCAAUUCUGGCUAUGCUGUAAACCCAGCCAGGGACCUGGGGCCUCGUCUUUUCACGUCAAUGGCAGGCUGGGGUAGCAAGGUCUUCACUCAUGGAAACUAUUGGUUCCUGGUGCCUAUCUUUGCCCCAUUCCUUGGUACCAUAGCUGGAGUGAUUGUAUACCAACUGAUGGUGGGCUGGCAUACAGAAGGGGAGGCACGGGAAAAGCAAAAGGCAUCAGAAGGAAUGAAUGUCAAGUUGAAUGAUAUUGAUUCUUCAGUUCCUUAAGCUGGAUUAAUCAACAUAGAAACAAGGCCUACCACUGUUUUGCUCAUGAUUCAAUAGGUUAUGAACAAUGAUACACUUUUAAGAGAUAUUCUCACCUAUCCUGUAGGGGAUCUGCAUACAGAUAAUGAGGAACAAGGCUGUAUAUCUUUAAAAUUAUUACAUUUGUUAUCAUUACUGACAAAUAUGCUUUUAUGUCCCUUGUACUCCAUGCUCUAUACUCUGCUUAUCGUCAAGACAUUAAACUAAGCUCACUUUAUACAUGACAAAUUUUGUUAUUUCUAGACAGACAAAACUGUAAAUGAUGGGGGAGCAUUACAAACAUUGCAUUUACUAAAUCUUUGUUCCAUUAAAAAAAACAAAAUUAUUCUGUAUUGCUAAAAUGUUAAGAUUUUUUUUAAUACUUAUGUUGAUUAUGGCUGUGUGAGCAAUAUUACACACUUGUAUACAUACUUGCUAAUUUUCUUUUUUGUAAAUAUAUAUUUUUUACAGGUUUUUAUACAUUUUAUAUGUCUACUGUUAUGUCCUUAUAAAAGUAUUAGCUAAUUAAUUAUAGAUAAAAUAGCUUACUAUUAUAUUAGCAAUGUUUACAUAUAUAGUUACUGUAUAGGUGUAGACGUCACCAAGCUACUUUUUUUGCCCACAACUAAUAUGUUUGCAAAGCCAUACACAUUUUUAUUUUAAAAAGAAGAAGAAAAAAAAAAAAAUAAAAUAUAUAUAUAUAUAUAUAUAUAUAUAUAUAUAUAUAUAUAUAUAUAUAUAUUGUUCUGCCAAAAUAACUGUAUUUUGACCAUUUAAGAUUUUAAAAUUAUUUCCAUACACUGUGGUCCACUGCUUAUUUCUUCUUUUUCUAUUUUAUUCUUGUUAAUGAGCACUAGAAUGCAAACUACUUGUGAUAUAAAAAAUCCAUAGAGGUUUUCUUCUGCAUUCAUUCAAUUUUUGUUUUUUGUACACUUAAUGCUAUUUUAAACAUGUAAAUAAAAACCUUACAUCUUA